UGACGUUGGAGGAACGACAUGGCCGUCUUCCAAUUUGCCAUCCUCUCUGCAGGGACUUUUCCGCAUCUUGACACUUCUCUUGUUGGCUUGAAGGUGACUCGACUCCCUGAGAAUCCUUGUCCAUCAACUCCGUGCCCCUGCCCCAGCGAACCCAUCUUUGCUAGUUGGAGUGGCCUCCGUGAUCGCUCGGCUCUCAUGCGCUCAAACCCCACUCGCUGUGGCCCAUUUCUCUCCAUCUUUUCGCAUCUUCUCUGAUCGGCAAAGAAGCGCCUGCCCUAAGAAUAUUGAAAUGUUAUCUACGAGUAAUGACUAGCUAUCAUCAAAGAGAUUGGGCCGGGAAGCUCGUCUCCCCGUCAUCUCAUCACCAGGACGAUCCUGCUCCACCAGUUCAACUCAGUCAGCCUGCUCCGAAACAAAAGCAGAAAGCCGAACCACAGGCUAAGAAACUACGCUUCAUCACGAGUCAAGGAGCUCCUCAGGCGAAAAGACGUCGCGUGUCUACUGCCUGUCUAGUUUGCAGGAAACGGAAGGUCGCUUGUUCUGGAGAACGCCCACAUUGCAGUACGUGUACCAACAACAGGCUGGAGUGUACUGGCUAUGCCGACGACGGUUCCUCUGGAAAUGUCAAUGGCGACGAAGUCGAGACUCCGCGAGUUUCAGCUCCUUCCUUGAAUCGUUCCGCGACGGCAGAAUCUAUCAAAGCCCCUCCCCCAAGGAAACAGAAGACGACUAUCCCAAAGCCGCGGAGCCAGAGCAUGGGCUUCGUGUCAAACAACUCAGUCCCUGCUGAUCCGGGGCAUAUUCGACCACAACCUUCGAGAGUUGAAAGCGAACAGAGCUACUUCCCGAGACCUUCCAUCUUUUCUAACGCUCGGAAUCGCAUGCCAUAUUUCAGAUGGCUUGGUCCAACAGCCAUCAUGCCGGGCUUCAAACAGAUGGUCGUCAAGGUAAAUCGCUCAUCAUCCAUGGUGGAUGGUGUAACCUCGCCCUCGACCGGUGCACAGCCUGGCGCAUCUGGCAUGUCCAAUCAUUCUGCUACAUAUGAUUCGGAUGCGCGUACUCCCCAGGUCUUGCCGUUCUACGACAAUUCUUCGAUGCCACCAAGCGAGCUAAUCACUCAUCUUUGCGAGACUUUCUUUACCCACCUUGCUUGUAACUUUCCCUUUCUCCAGCGUGACACUUUUAUGAAAGACCUUGAGGAGAAGCAGGUAGAUGCAAUCCUUGUUGAUGCUGUAUGCGCGCUCGCUGCUCGCUUCUCUACUCAUCAGUUGAUCGUCGAGCAACCACGCGAAGGUCAUGCUGUCAACCAUUCUGAGCAGGGUUCAGCUUUUGCUCACCGCGCAAAAGUGGCUCUGAUUGAAACCUAUGCUACACCGAGUGUCGCCGCUGUUCAAGCCGCUCUUCUACUUGCAUACAACGAGUUUGGCGAGAGUCGAGAUAGCGGCCUUUGGAUGUAUCUUGGCAUAUCAAUUCGAUUGGCUCAAGAUCUUGGUUUGCACAAGCGCGAUGGACUUCGCUACGAGGGUCGUUAUGGCUCCUCACCCAAGUACUCGAGGCAGGAGAAGGAUUUGGAGAGAUCACUUGGACGCAUCAACUCCCAAGAUUAUGAUGCCGCUGUAGCAGAGGAAGAGAGAGCAGCGGAAAGGGAACGGGUUGAUACGUUCUGGGCUGUCUUCUUUCUGGAUCGCGUCGUCUCUUCUGGCACAGGUCGACGAAGUACAUUGCAGGAUGAUGACAUCGAGCUCUCUUUUCCGCCGCUCGAUUUGCUAGAUCCAAAAACCGGCUGGCCUUCCCCUUUCCCUGCAUUAAUCAGAAUUGUCUGCCUCUAUGGCCGAGUUGCGGAUUUGCUAAACGGCAUUAAGGAGCCAUCAGACAUCACUGCAGAGACCCCCCAGAAGCUGGCAGAGAUGGAAGCGCGAGUCACAAACUUCUACCAAGGUCUGUCACCGAAACUGCACUUCCAAGCCAUGAAUUUCCAUCACUACGUCAAAGCCGGAGAAGGAACCAACUUUGUUCUCUUACAUUUCUGGUUCCACACUCUCAUUGUAUUACUUCAUCAGCCAACCUUGCUCAAGACCUUUGAAGGCAAAAUGCUCCAGUUGUUUCCUAACAGUCAAGCAUUGUCCAUGUCUUCCGCCAAAACGAUCGCAGAUAUUCUGUCAUACUCGCAGCUCAUCGACACGAAGGCGGGUCUCGGUAAUCCAUUUACCACGCAGCCCAUCUAUAUUGCUGCUUGCGCUUUCCUCAAAGAGACGGCCGAGCAAACGGCGACCUCGAAAGAACAUUCUCGCUCCCAGUCGUCCGCCAACUCGCGCGCCGGAAGUCCUGCAAGAGAUCAGCAGUCACAAGCUGGGGCAUCAAUCGCGGAGAUGGCCAACAUGACGCGACCCUCAAGCAUGUUGGCGAACAGCAACCGACAGCCCAUGGUAGAAAGAGCUCUUGCGCGCCAUACUCUACUCGCGACAGCCGCGAAUCAGCAUUAUCAGCUUUGCUACAAAGCAUUACAAAGUGUCGAGACAUACUGGGGUGGUACGAAAUACAUCAUUACAGUGUUGGAUCAGAAGUUCAAAGGUGUUGGAGAUCCGCUGCUCUACACUGCCGAAGAAGGUGAAAGUGCUUUUGAGCCACCUGAACCAAAGCCUGCUUUCAAUCAGCCAGGGUGGAGGAAAAAAUCUACGCCCAAUCCCUGGUCCCCGAGUGCUUUGAUGCAGAGCUCGUUCAUGCAAGCCAGAUCCCCGCCAGCAGUGGGAGAAGCCAAUCAACCUAUCGGAUGGACACUGACUGGCACUCUCAAUUCACCGAACACAAACGUCGCAUGGCACUUCUCUGGCGCCAAUGGCAAUCAAGAGCAUGUACAGCAAUCGUUGGACUCAGUACUCGACAGCAACAAUCCGUUCGACCUCAACAACAUGCCCAUAAACAGCCUGUCUUCCUUCCACCAGCCACAGAAUCAUCACAUACGUACAUAUUCUGGAAACAGCAUACCCCGCUCUUCAACACAGCAACGAAGUCACCGCCCAUCCCUACCUGCAUCCGCAUUUGCGACGAUCGCACCAUCACCUCCUACCUUUUCUUCACCCUUGAAUCAACGUCAGCCCAACAACGAAAAUAGCUCUCUCCACGUCCCUUUGAAUUCCUUCAACCAGCAAUCAGAGAUGCUCAACUUGAAUCAAGGCGAGGACAGUUUCGGUGAUUUCUUAAUUGAGAGUCAAGAUGUGGAUAUGAGUCUACUGGGCUUGGACAUGUUGCCAUGGUUCGAUGCGCCAGGUGGGGAUUUGAUGCCUAUAUUCGAUGACGACGAGAUUGAUUUGCGAGACACAGGCGACGGACUUGAAUAAUAGAAGAGGACCAAUUUUACAAUAGCAGAAUGACAAGACUGCAGUUUGCACGUCCUUAGAGGGUUUCCCAUUCCAUCCGCAAACUCGUGGUUCUUCUGCUAAUUUGCCAAGGCAAGAAGAAAACUUUGUUGUAAAGAACUUGAUCGCGUCUGGAGUUGGAAAUGGGACCGAGUGUCGGAGUGUCAUCUAUGCGGUUUGGUAUUGCGAGAGGUACAACGAGCUUUCUUGGAUCUGGUACAAGUCAGCAGUAAUGAGACGCUCAUGGCAACUUUAUUGCUGUCGGUCUAUGAUGUGAGCCAUUGCAAACAAUAAAACAGACAGAUCAC